AUGUGGAAGAUGAAGAUGUGGUACAAGAGGCAUUUAAAGGAAGAAGUUGCUCAACCAAGGAAUGGAGUUUCUAAGGAAGACGAUGUUUUGAAAGAGGUCAUUCCCAUUCCUUUUCCACACCUUGCUAAGAGGAUUAAAAAACAAAUGGAGCUAGAUCCCAAGAUGGUGGAGAUCUUAAAAAAGGUUGAGGUAACUAUCCCACUUUUUGAUGCUAUUCGUCAAGUUCCUAAGUAUGCUAAGUUUCUAAAGGAUUUGUGCAUGAAUAAGGAAAAGAUCCAUGAUUUAGAAAUUAUUCCUUUGGGUAGCUUAAUUUCUGCUUUGAUGGGUGCUAUACCGGAGAAAUGUGGUGAUCUCAGUCCUUGUGCAUGUGUUAGCAUUAUGCCAUUAUCUGUAUAUGAUGCUUUGAAGCUUCCACCAUUGAAAAGGUCGGCAUCCCAUUUUGUUUUGGCAGAUAAGAGCAUCAUCUCAGUGGUUGGCAUGGGGGAAGACGUCUUGGUGAGCAUUAAGGGGUUAGUUUUUCCUAUUGAUUUCUAUAUUCUUGAGAUGCCCCCUAAUGACUCAGGAAAACCAUCAUCCAUCUUGCUUGGGAAGCCUUUCUUGAAGACUUUUCGGUUUAAAUUUGAUGCCUUCUCGUGUACCUAUUCCGUUGAGAUGGAUGGAAGAGCAGUGGGUUUCAACCUUGAUGAAGCUAUGAAGCAUCCACCAGAAUGGCCAGCCUCCCCAAAGAUGAUCAUAAAGCUCAAGGGUUCCAAAGAAGACCAAAGACUUCAAAUACAAUAG